UCGCUCGCGCCGACGACGACGGCGAGCGGUGAGGGCGAGCGCGGGUGGCGCGUCGAGACGGACACGAUGGGAGAGGUGCGCGUGCCCGCGGAUAAGCUGUGGGGGGCGCAGACGCAGCGGUCGCUGCAGAAUUUUAGGAUCGGGGGGGAGAAGAUGCCGGUGGCGAUCGUGCGAAGCUUGGCCAUCGUCAAGUACGCGGCGGCGACGGUGAACGAACGGGCGGGGGGACUGGAGCCGAGAUUGGCGGAUGCGAUUCGAAAGGCGGCGCGGGAGGUGGUGGAGGGACGGUUGGAUGAUCAUUUUCCGCUCGCCGUGUGGCAAACGGGAAGUGGGACGCAGACGAACAUGAAUCUGAACGAGGUCAUCUCGAAUUACGCGAAUUCGCGCGUGCUCGGCGGCGCCGUCGGGACCAAGUCUCCGAUUCACCCGAACGAUCACGUCAACAAAUCGCAGUCGAGUAACGAUACGUUUCCGACCGCUAUGUCCAUCGCCACCGCGCACGAAGUGCAAGAGCGGCUGAUUCCGGCGUUGAAAAUGCUGCAGGAGGCGUUGCACCAGAAAGUGCUCGCGUGGGGAGGCAUAGUGAAAAUCGGCAGAACGCAUCUUCAAGACGCCGUCCCGAUCACGCUCGCGCAAGAAUUCAGUGGGUACGAGCAACAGUGCAAGAAUUCUCUCGUGCGCGCCAAAGGUGCGCUCAUUCACUUGCUCGAGCUCGCCAUCGGCGGCACCGCCGUCGGCACGGGGCUAAACUCGCCACCAGGUUUCGGCGAGGCGAUGGCGGCGGAAAUCUCCCUAUUAACCGGUUUGCCGUUCGUGAGCGCGCCAAAUAAGUUUGAGGCGCUCGCCGCACACGACGCGCAGUCCGCGCUGUCCGGUCUGUUGAAGACUAUCGCGAUUUCGUUGUUGAAAAUUGCCAACGAUAUUCGUCUUCUCGGCUCUGGACCUCGCGCCGGACUCGGCGAACUUCAGCUGCCUGAAAACGAGCCCGGAAGCAGUAUCAUGCCUGGUAAGGUGAACCCGACGCAGUGCGAAAGUCUGAUGCAGGUGUGCGCGCAAGUCAUCGGUAACGAUCUCGCGGUCACCAUCGGCGGUUCCGCGAGCUCCCACUUUGAGCUCAACGUAGCUAAGCCUCUGAUCGCUCACAACAACCUGAACUCCAUCGCGCUCCUUUCUGAUUCGGUCAUCAGCUUCACGCAAAACUGCGUCGUUGGUAUCGAACCAAACAUCGAGCGCAUCGACGCGCUCAUGCGAAGCAGCUUAAUGCUCGUCACCAGCUUGCUGCCGAAGAUCGGGUACGACAACGCCGCAAAAAUUUCGAAAAAAGCACACGCCGAAGGUUUAACUUUACGCGAAGCUGGCAUCGCGCUCGGUUUACUGACGAACGAACAGUUCGAUGAAUGGAUAAAGCCUGAAGAAAUGACGCGCCCACAGUCAAAACUGUGAACAGUUUAUUAUAAUCGAGCGCGGCGCCGAAAGUUGUUGUAAACAAAAUCU